CUCUUUUAAGCCCUACAGCUUUCCGUACCAAAAUAACAAUGGCCUCCUCGGAGGACGUAAACGUCCGAAUUUGCGGACAAGAAAUAAUAAAAUACGACCUGGAGAUAAAAGCUCUCACUCAGGACAUUAUUAAUUGUCCUGGACCUCAUUCCGCUCUCGCAGAGCUCAAUUCUCGGGUCCAAGAGAAAUUCAACAAGCUGCGACUCAGGAUACAGGAUCUGGAGCAGAUGGCUCAGGAGCAAGACACGGAGUCCACCAGACUGUCCAUCCUCAUGGAGACGGAGAGCCAGCGACGCCAAAUGCUGAGCAACCAGACAGCAUGGCGGAAAGCCAACCUGGCCUGUAAACUCGCCAUAGACAACAUGGAAAAAGACGAGCUUCUGCACGGAGGAGAAAGCCCAAGCACCAGACAGAGGAAAGUGACCAAAGAAAGUUUAGUGGAAAGCAGCAGCAACAUCACAGAGAGUCUGAUGUCCAUCAGCAGGAUGAUGUCGCAGCAGGUGAAGCAGAGCGAGGACACCAUUGGCACUCUGGCUACCUCUUCUAAAACAGUGCAGGAAGCCAACGAGGAAUUCAAAAACAUGACGGGAACCAUCCACCUGGGGAGGAAACUGAUCCUGAAGUACAACCGCAGGGAGCUCACAGACAAGCUGCUCAUCUUCUUGGCUUUAGCGCUUUUCUUUGCCACUGUCCUCUACAUCCUUAAGAAACGCCUCAUUCCCUUCAUUUAAUGAGCCGGCUGGGUCUGCAUCUGCCUCGUGACGAGCUCCCUGCCAGGAUUGUAAGACGAGUAACAGCAGAGCAAUGAACCACCUGGAGCAGAAACUACCUGGUUAGAGAAGAAGGAAUAUAAGAGAUGUAACCUUGCUUAGGAUGCAGGAGGUCAGUUUAGAAAAAUCAGCUGUGAACCUGAAGACUAAAGCUGCACACUGCCUGAUUGUUGUUAAUGUUUGGAUUUACUGGAGUAACUGUUGGGACAUUUAGACAUUCUUCUAAUUAAAUAGAAUGAACAACAAAGCAAAAAAAUUGGUUGGCAUCUGCAACAGAAUGUAAUAACUUCAGUUUGUUCCUGAAUGUUUUCAUGUGAGUUUUCUGGUUAACUG